AUCGAGCACAUAGAGCCCUGUGAUUGGUUGGUUGGUUGGUUUCACUCAUUGCGUCUUUGUGCUGUACUGUGCUAAAUUAUGUAAUGACAAUAUCGGUGAAGAAACGUGACUGAUUACGUAAGAUAACGCGACAACGGAUAGCUAACGCUAGUUUGUUCUGCUGGGCGUCUGAACAACAGUCACUUUGAUUUUGAGCUGUUUUGGCGACAACGACGACGACAACAACAACAACGACGACGACAUAGCACAUUCACAGCUGACACUUUAUUUGUUCCAAGAUAGCGUGGAGCUUACGGAGAAAAUAGUCUUUCAACAGGUGGCAGGUUGGAGAGGGGCUAUACACAGACCAUGGCUGCAGUGCAUCACCCAGGGAACACGCUCAGGGAUUCACUUUACUGGGAUGAAACAGAGUGCCUAAACUACUAUGGGAUGUUGUCUCUCCAUGAGGUCUUUGAUAUAGUUGGUUCUCAGCUGACAGAGACUGACAUUGAAGUGCUGUCAUUCCUUUUGAAUGAAACCUGUUCGGCUACACACCCUCUUGAUCCAGCAGGCUGGACUGUUGAGCCCUCUGAGGGAGAUUCCAAUGACUCUGGAGUGUCCCCGAGUCCCCAGCUGCUAAAGGCUUGGAGGCGUUUAAAGCCUCAUGGCUCCCAACAUUACUUGGUGGCCUCAUAUAAGCCCAAGAGCGGCCUUGAGCUGUUGCUGGAACUUGAGAGGCAAGGAUACAUCAGCGAAGGCAACCUGGAGCCAUUACUGCAACUACUAAGAGUUCUCACCCGUCAUGAUCUGCUGCCUUUAGUGUCCCACAAGAAAAGGAGGACAGUAUCUCCAGAGAGGAUUGCACAGAGGUAUGCAGUAGAGAACAGAAAGUUGGUGUGCGCCUCUGGAAUGCAGCACAACUGUAGAGAGACAGAAAUGCCACUUACAUCUUUCACACAACAGUUGAGAACUGGUAUUUACCCUCCUAUGCCUGGGGCACUCGCUAGGAGGAGGAGGAAGAAGAGAGGAAAUGGAUGGAGUCGUAGGCCCAAGAAAACAAGCAGACAGAGCCACCCACAGUCUCCUCCACCACCACCACCACAUAAAGUGUCCUGUGAUAUCCGCCUGCGUGUCCGGGCUGAAUACUUGGAGCAUGAGUCUGCACUACGUGAUGGUGUCUCUUCGAACAAGCGACAGCCCCUGGAGCGGCAGUUUGAGUUGUUCAGCCAAGCCAACUCACUUCUGCGUGCCAGAGACCUGGGUUCCAUCAUCUGCGACAUCAAAUUCACAGAACUGGACAACCUUGAGGCCUUCUGGGGUGACUAUCUAAGCGGAGCUCUGCUUGAGGCCUUGAAAGGAGUCUUCAUCAAUGAUUCCCUGAGGAUGGCAGCAGGCUCGGAGGGCGUCCGUCUGCUGAUCAGUGUGGACCAGGAUGACUAUGAGGAGGGCCGAAGGCUGCUGAGAACCAGAAGGAUGCUGCCAUCCAGUAAUGGUGGGCACACAGAGACUCACUGGGCUGUAUAGGCUUAGACUCUUUGGGAUGUACUUUAUUAACUUUGGAUUAGAAGGGAAUGCUGCUGAAAGUUAUGGCUACAGGCAGAUUUGGAAGAAUUUUAAGGAUUUCUUUUGUAGUUGUAAUCCAUAUAAUGACCACUAGAUGGCAACACUUACCAUCUGUUUGUUUUCAUAACAAGCCCAACAUUUAUAGUAGUCUUUUAGUUAAAACGUUGCCAUAAUUUGUAAAAAAAAA